AUGUCUGAAAAAUCACAAGCACAGUUACAAGUUGCUGCACCAAGCAGAAGUAUUCUGAAUGAUAAGUGGGACGUUGUUCUAUCCAAUAUGCUAGUAAAGACAGGGCUCGGUUUUGGAGUUGGUGUCGUAGGUUCUGUGCUUUUCUUCAAACGUCGUGCAUUCCCUGUGUGGCUAGGCAUUGGUUUUGGUCUAGGAAGAGGUUACGCUGAAGGCGAUGCUAUCUUCCGUUCUGCUGCGGGCUUAAGAUCUGUCAAGGCAUAA